GCGCUGACACCCUUUGGUUCUCUGCCUCGGCAAAGCAAUGGCCUCCUGGUCUUCCAUAACGCUCGCUUUGGUGCUCAUCUUCUCCAUGUCGAAAGCGCAAGGGGCCGGCGUGGAGUGCGAGCGCUUGGACGCGAGCGCCUGCGCCUACGCGGUGUCGUCGUCGGGAAUGCGCUGCGUGCUGGAGAGGAACGCCGGGGGCGCCUACGCGUGCGCCAUGUCGGAGAUCGGCGCCGAGGGGUUCGUCGACUGGGUCGAGACGGAAGGGUGCAUCGCGGCGUGCGGCCUCGAUCGGAGAACCGUCGGGAUAUCGUCGGACUCGUUGCUGGACGCUAACUUCCGGCGGAAGCUGUGCUCCUCGGAGUGCUUCCGUGGCUGCCCGAACGUAGUCAACCUCUACUUCAAUCUCGCAGCUGGCGAAGGAGUGUUCCUUCCCACCUUAUGUGAAGCACAGCGAAUGAAUGCUCACCGUGAGAUGGCGGAGAUACGAAGCAGCGGUGCGGCAGCAGUGAUGGCAUAUGAGUGGUUUGGAGAGUCUCCUGCUUAUCCUCCGAGCGACAUCCCUCUCGACGUCUUCCCCCCGGCAGAAUCACCCAUCAUGCUGUAGUUUGUGUAACAUUGAGUAAUUAUAUUGCCGCCAUGGGAAUCUUCUUCCCUCACGACUCUGAGCAAUUGAUUCCCAGGAACACCAUAUGCCAAGCUCUCAUCUUAGAAGUAUUGCUCCCAUACAAAGGGAUCUGAAUGAAUAGAGUAUGGGUUGGUGAUGAACAGCUUCUUAUUAUGAAGUCAAGACGAAGCAUUUGUCUUUUUAGCCUUCAAAGGAACCCUUUGGAGCUUCCACGAAACUCGAUAGAAGCUUCAAAGGAGCAUCUCAUGAAUGCACUACGAGGUUGUUUAUUGAUAGAGAAUGUGUAAUGGUGUCACCUUUUUUUCUUAC